CCACACUUUCCUAUUCUCUCCAUUCAUCAUUUGUCAUUUUUUUUCCCCUCAUUCCUCCUCUCCACCAUUCCCGUUCCACCGCACUUGUUCCUCCUUCAACAGCCUGCGCCCUUCUUCACUGCCAUGUCAGAUACCACUCACGACAAUGGCCACCAAUCCUCCAGGGACAUCUACGAGGCUCUAUCACAGCAUCCACUUCACAUCGAAACCGUCUUCACACUCAAAGGCACCCAUGCCCCACACCGCUUCAACCAAACCAUCACCCUCAAUCCAAACGACCGCCAUACCAUCGACCUUAUUCCUCCCGACACCUCCCCAAACCUCCAUCUCACGCUCACUAGCUCCCUCGCCCUGCUCCCUUCCUCUUCAUCCAACGCCUGUAUCCGCACCCUUGAACUAUCCUUCACUCCAACUUCUCCCUCUUCUCCCUCCUCGGAUCCAGCAUUCUGUAUCUCUCUAGAGUCCUUCUGCGCAAGCACGGACCUCAUUCUUUCCGGAAAAACCCUCCUCGCGAACGGAUACCAAUCCUGGAGUACGAGCUACGCGGGAGCUGAUGACGGGUCCGUCUUCCAGAAACCAAACUGGUUCUAUAACGAGUUGACUCAUCUGGGGCUGGCCUCGGAUAUGCAUAUUUACGAAUAUCCAGGGGUGAAAGGCAAGGUGCAUUCGAAUCUUGUCACCAUCAUCCGGGAUAAGUGUGUUGAGGGAGGUGGAGGAGGAAAAGAGGGAGGGAGGCCGGAGGAGGUGGUGCUGUGUGGAGGUUUGUCCGAGGAUGGUGGGUAUACGUAUUUCUUGAUGGACUUCAAUCUGAACAAGUUCGCGGUCUCUCAGGAUUGUGUCGGCAAGCAGCUACGGUCAAGCAAGGACAAACUGGUCCUACGAACACUGUUCACAUGGGACGACAAGGACACCACCGUCUGGGACACCUAUGCCUCUGCCUGGGGCUCAAUCCACGCCGACCGUCGCUUUAUUCAGUCCUCGACUCAGCAUCAACUCUCCGGUUGGACCUCCUGGUACCUGCAUUACGAAAACAUCAACGAGCAUAUCAUCCUCGAGAACCUACAUCAUUUCUCUGGAUCCGGCCGUGCCAGACCCUCCUCACACAUUACCGACAAUGACAUUCAGCGAGGGGAAGGUUGGCCCGCAAAGGUCUUUCAGAUCGAUGACGGCUACACGAUCGUCGGCGACUGGUUGGAUGUCGACAGACACAAAUUCCCGAGGGGAAUGCCGUUUAUCGCAGAGGAGAUCCGAAACAAGGGCUUGGUUCCGGGGCUAUGGAUGGCACCGUUCUUGGCCUCAAAAAAGGCGAACGUUGUCAGGGACCAUCCGGACUGGUUUGUUCAGAAACCUGCUACCGGAAAACAUGCGUUUGAGGGUGGUCAGAACUCCAACGUUGACGAGGGACAGCAUCGACAGGGGCUCUGCUGCUGCUGUCCUGUGCUCGACAACAAUGACACCCACGCACGACCGAACCCCUCUGACCUGAUGUUGGCGCAUCCAGCUUUCGGCGCCGGUGCGUUUGCUCUCGACCUCGAGAACCCAACCGUCCAGACCCACCUAGCCAACAUCUUCCGUGUGGUGACUCAAGAAUGGGGCUUCAAGAUGCUCAAGCUCGACUUUCUCUUUGCGGCAGCUCUCCUCCCCCGGAACGGCAAGUCUCGCGGCCAGCUCAUGUGGGAGGCCAUGCAGAUGAUCCGGACCUGGGCCGGGCCCGACAUCAUCCUUCUCGGAUGCGGCGUUCCCUUAGGAGCCAGUUUUAUGCUCGUUGACUAUUGUCGAAUCGGUUGCGAUGUGGGUGCGGCCUGGGAUACGAUGCAACGAUAUUUUCAUGAUCGAGAGUAUAUCUCUUGCUUCAACUCGUUGACCUCGACACUUUCACGGUGGGCGAUGUCUGGGAGGUUCUUUGGGAACGACCCGGACGUGUUCUUCCUGAGGGAUUGGAAGAUGGGUCUGAGCUCGGUUGAGAGGCGAACACUGAUGCUUCUGAAUCACUUGUUGGGACACCUCGUCUUUUGUUCGGAUCCGUUUGAAAUCGCGAGGAUGUCACCAGAUCAGCGUGAGGCCCUCGGUGCCUUCUUUCCGUGGCCCUCCACGCCUGAUACACCCUUGCCGCCAUUUGAGAUUGUGAGGGUGCUGCAGCCGGUUUCGGACCAGAAGAAUUUCUAUAUGAUCCAGGUUCAGUCCCGCAGUAGCGACCACGACCGGACGUUCAUCAUCGUCGCGAACCUAUCCUCACGCAAACAACAUGUCCAUCUGAGUAUCAUCGAACGGAUCGUUGCCAAGGAACAAGACUCUCUUUCUCCCAAGCCAAAAGACGCAGUCGAUGCAGCCGACGCACGACCUUCAUCACAAGCACAAGCACACGCAAGGUCCGUCUAUUUCCAACCACAACCCGGACAAUUUGGUUCAUCUGCUUCAGCGUACAUGAUCCAGCCCCACGAGACAUGUGUGUUCCUCCGCGUCGUGGAUUCUUUAGGUCGUCCAUGUGGUCCGGCUGCAUCUCUGGUACGCGCCGGAUACAGCUCCGCUGCACUCGAGACCAUUUCCAUUCAAGAACCUGUGUACCUUUUGGCAACCAGCGGCACAGGUGGACAUAUUCUUCCCACGACCGAGAUCGAACGCUUCGAACGUCAUGCGAAGCUCCAGCACCAGCUCACCGUCGCGUUUCGGCCGUCCUAUUUCGAAAAGACCAUCACCGUCUGGGUUGCGUGGAAGUCUUUACCAAAGGAAGAAGACAAAGACAAAGACAAAGAUGGUCUUGUGAAGAAUAUGACACUCAAUGGCCAAUCACUGCAGCUUCAUCCAAAUAUUCUUCGUGGCUCUGGCAUCAACGUCGCCAGCUGUUCUCUCCCCGUAUCUCCAUCCUCUUAACAAAAACAUCAGUAAAAAAAAAAGCCCAA